AUGUUGUUUAUAAUCAUUUUUCUUAACAUUGUUCUUCGAAUUUCCAGUCAUGAAGUUUUAAAAUAUAUUAUUGAAGAAAAAUUACCAGUCAAUACACUUGUAAGUGAUUUAUCAAAAGAAUUAAAUAUAAAAUCAAAUGGAUUCUUUCAAAUAUAUGAAUUAUCACCAUUGAAUAAAAAUUUAUUUACAAUUCACAAUCAAACUGGACAUUUAACUAUUAGAUCAAUACUCAAUCGCGAACAAAUGUGUUUAAAACGACAAUGUUCAUGCAGUUCAUGUGAAAUUAUUCUUCAACUUUUCAUAAAAAUUCAAGAUAAAACCAUUUAUAAAAUAAUAGAAAUUAAAAUAAAAGAUCUUAAUGAUCAUUCACCAAUAUUCGACAAACAAUCAAUGAUACACGCUAUACAUAUCAAAGAAAAUGUACCUUUAGGCUAUCGAAUCAUUUUGCCUAGUGCAAACGAUCCGGAUGAAGGAAUGAAUAGUGUUCAAUCAUAUAGACUUGAUGGACCGAACUCCGAAGAUUUUGACGUUGAUUUUUCUACAUUUGAUAUUCCUUCUUUAAUUGUACGUUCAUCACUUGAUAGUCAACGUUUAUCAUCUUAUUCAUUACUGUUAACUACAUCUGAUCAUGGUGAACCACCACGUGCAACUUCAAUUCAACUCAAUAUUACUGUUUUAAAUAUUAAUGAUUCAAUACCAAUAUUUGUUCAAUCUAUUUAUAACAUUGACAUACGUGAAGAUACAGUCAUUGGAACAACAAUAUUAAAAAUUGAAGCGAUCAAUGAUAAUAACGAAAAGAUUUUUUAUGAACUUUUAACUGAGUCUCCAUUCAUAAUUGAUCGUUUAACUGGACAAAUUCAAUUGAGUAAAACAUUGGAUUAUGAAAGAGAAAAUUCCUAUCGAUUAAUUGUUAAAGCUUAUGAAAAUUUGAUACCAACUUAUGCUAGUAUACUUAUUCGUAUUAUUGAUAUUAAUGAUAAUCCAGUUUCAAUGCAGAUUAAAGUGGAAGGAGAUAUAAUAAUGAAACAAAAACAAAAUGAUAAAAGCGUACUUUUUCUUCAAGAAGAUACACCGUUGGGUACAACAAUUGCUCAUGUUAUUCUCAACGAUCUUGAUUCAUCUGCUAAUGGAAAUCCGUAUCUUCAAUUGCGUACAACUGAACCACCACUACCAUUAAUCUAUAAAUUAAUCUAUCAAAAUAAUUUUCAUAAUACAAAAUUAUAUUCGCUUAUUCUCAAUCAAAAUCUUAAUCGUGAAUCCAAAUCAAUUUAUAAUAAUAUUCAAUUGAUUUCGCAUGAUUCGGGUACACCAACAUUACAUACAAAAUUACAUUUAAUAUUAGAUAUAAUAGAUGUAAACGAUUGUAUACCAACAAUCCAACAAAAUUCAACAGUAUAUGAUAUCAAUGAAAACAAUCCAGUCGGCUAUAUUAUUGAUAAAUUAAUUGCUCAUGAUUGUGAUUUAGGUGAAAAUGCUGAAAUUGAAUAUCAUUUACUAAAUGAAACAGAUCUAUUGGCGCUUAAUUCGAAAACUGGUGAAAUAAGUUUAAAGCAAUCGAUUGAUUUUGAUCUAUUAAAUAGACAACAAGAAAAGCAUUUAACAACAAUAAAUUUUGAAUUUUAUAUUAAAGUUCAAGAUCAUGGAAAACCAUCGUUAUCAAGUCAAACGAAAAUUAUUCUUCGUAUACACGAUUUGAACGAUCAUUCGCCUGAAUUUGCAAAAAAUCAAUCAUAUGAUUGGACUUAUUCACAAUCAAGUCUUCAAUCAGGUUCUGUUCUGGGUCGUGUACAUGCCUAUGAUAACGAUUCCGGUUUACAAGGUCUUAUAAAUUAUUCUAUACGUUCUUUUCAUCCAUGUUUAACUCUUGAUAUAACAUCACUUGGCUAUGUUUAUAUUCCAUAUGAAUCAUCAAUUUUAACAUGCUCAUUAUUAUCUUAUACAUUUGAAAUAACCGCAAGUGAUUAUGAUCCAAUAAAUUCACGUUCAACAACACAAUUAUUAAUAGUAAAUAUUCAAUCAAAAUUAUCAAAUAAUAAUAAAAUCUUGCCUAAACUUUUAACUUUAUCUACUCAACGAACAAAACUUGAUAUAAAUACACAAGGAAAUGCUGCAUUUAUUUUGGAUAUGACAACUUUUAAUAAUCAUACAUAUCAACCAAUUGUUUAUUUAAAUAAUACAAAUUUACUUUCAUGUUGGAAUGUAACUUCAACAGGUGAAGUUAGUCUUAUAUCGAAUCCAUUUGCUUCAUCGUAUAUAUUAUCUUUAAAUGUAAUUGAUCAAUAUACAAAAGAAAAUUCUUCGAUUAAACUUCAAAUUGAUAUAUGCAAUAGUUCGAUAUUAUAUUCAUGUCAAUCGUAUUAUUUCUCUGAUAAUCGAACGAUAUUGAUUUAUGCAGUUUGUUUAGCAUUAGUUAUAACAUCAAUAUGUAUUAUUAUAUUUUCAUUAAUAAUAUGUUUAUGUUGUGGAAAAAAUAAACAUAAAAAUGAAAUUUUAUCAUCAACACAUCAACAUACAUUUUUACAAUGUAGCGAUGAUUAUCAUAGUGAAAAGACUGAAAUUUCCAAUGAUAGACGUAAAAGUUCAUCAAAUUCAACCAUUCGAGAAGACGAUCAUGAUUCAGCAUGUAUUAUCAAUGGACAUUCAUCAUCAUCGAAUUCGUCAUCAAGUGGAAUAGUGACAAAAAAUGAUGCAUGGUAUAAUCAAAAAGAACCUACAAUUCAAAUGUAUUCAUCAGCGUCUACAUAUUAUUAUGAUCUUAAACUAGCUGAAUUAUUACGUAAAAAUCAAAAUCCACCAUGUAUACAUUUAAAUGAACUUCCUACGAUUCCACAAUCAUCAAGUACAGAUUAUGGUUUUAGUAGUUUAGAAUUAUCAGCAUCAUCUUCAACGUCAACAAUUCCGAAUCAUCAUAUCGAAAUAGGUAUUGAUCAAUCGCCUGAAACACAAUUCAAUAUGACAAGUUUUAUUUCGUCUCGCGAAUGUGUUGUUUAA